ACUGGCUAUGUUGUUGAUGUAAUUAAAUAAAUAAAUAAAAAGACUCAUGAGAAGAACAAAUUAUUUUGGUUUAGCAGGAAUAAGCUUGGUCCUUAAAUAAUGUUUUAUUCUUAGUGUACUUGGUUCAAAUCUCUAACUGGUAUAGUAGUUCUCUAGAUGUUUGGAGGGGUUUAUCUUUGGUUUUCAUGACUAAAUUGCUCUUAAUUUUCCUCAUUCUUUUUGAGAACUGUUCCAACAAGAUUCAUGAAUAAAGUUGCUUCCCUUACCUGUUGAGUCUGACUCAUAGUAUUCAUUUAUCAAAGAAUAACUCUAGUUAUCAAACUUUUUCUUUUUUGAUGACCGAGAAAUCCCUUUGGAGCCGAUCCUUUGGGCUAACCACAGUCUUCGGAAGUCGGGGUAUGAUGGGCCCGUCCCUCUAUCUUUCUCCACUUAAAUACUAGAGUUAGUUUGCUUGGCGCAAGACUCGAACUUGUGACCUAAGACUCUAGUACCUCUGCUGUGUGGUUUGCGAGCUAUUGCACAGGAGCUGGGUUUACCCCGCACACCCGAAGGGUAGCGGCUGCAGGUUCUCAUGUCAUCAAAAAGACAUUAGUUCCUCAACCUUUGUCAAUUGAGCUAAUCCCUCGGGGCUUUGUGUGCACACCUUUUUCUCAUUCAUUGUAGUUCUCUGCAUUAAAACAAAUUAUUAGUCAAUAACUCAAUAUUCAGACUUAGAGUAUUCAUUUAUAGUUGUUUUGGUUUCAAUUUAGUUUUUGAGUUUUUACUGGGACGAUUUAUUCACAUUUACCAUUAUUUGUAAUUUUACAAGUAACAUAAUUUGAUCUAUAUAAGUUUCAAGACUUGUCAUUGUGAUCUAAUCAAUACAACAAGCCUGAUGUGUUGUUUGAAUCCAUCUCACUCUAAGCAUAAGGGUCAGAACCCUAUAUUCUGAGCGCCCUUUGUCGCUUUUUUCUCUUACUAGUACAACUGCAGGUCGUUCAUAGUUUAAACGUAGGGGUUGGAGCCAUGUCUUUUCUUCAGGCCCCUCUUUCAUUUUUUUUUUCCUUUUGGGAUAAAUAUCGGUUUUUUCAACUUACGUUUGUAAUUUACCGGGGGGAACCAUGCACUGGUUUAUCAAUUAUAACCAAAGACUAAUCCAAAAUUUAGACUAUUCAGAAUAAGUACAGUUUGUACCCACAUUCACAUACAUAAUACAACUAUCGUCCGCCCAUGAUUGACAAUUGAAAUCUCGUGUGCUAUUCUAUAACAUCUUAUUUUGCUUCUUGUCAAAAUUUGCAAUAGUAGCACGGUCAUGGCUCUUAUCCCUAUCCUAGAAUUUAUAGAACAGAGAAAAAGAUGCGCCUUCGUAAUGCCAGGCUCACGGAGAUUCAAUUGUACUCCAUUUCCUAGAAUUUUAAGUGCUGUCAUUCUAAGUUAUUAUCUAAGUCUGCCUAAGCUAACACUAUGAUCAUCUUGUAAUAUCAUCAUUAGCUGGGAAAUAGUAUUAGUUAAUUGGUUUUUUAAUUCUUUUCUUCAUUGGGCACAUAUAUAGUAAACGGAUUCACAGGUGAAACAUGCAAUCAUUAAGGCGCAAUAGGUUGGAGAUGGGGAAAGGCGACUGUGGUGUUCAUACCUGUUAGGUAUCAUCACCCUUCUUGAGUCUAAAAGAGAAUAUAGAAGGCCCCGCUGAAUCAUUAUUAUUAAUCCAUUUCAAUGGAUGCUAAGCAUUUCAUAGAGCUGUAUGGCUGUAUCAAAAGAAAAGGAGGGGAGAGAAAAGUUCACCCUUGUUGAUUAGAGUGUUCUGGAUAAGAGAAUCCCAUCCGUGUACUGAGCUGCGAAAUGAACCUUGGUAGACUGAAGAAUGUGGUAGCUGCUGCAGCCAUUGAAGGAGUGGCUGAGGCAAGGGCCAGGAUAUUUGGUCAUGUGCUUAAUCCAACGGGGCAGAGAUCACCCCACAAGGUUUUGCGCAAGAAGCUCAUCGGUGAGAAAGUGUCACAAUGGUACCCACAUGAUAUCAUGAAAGAUGAUCCUCUUGUGAUGGCACGUCAAGAGCAAGAGCGCCUGAGCAAGCUUGAAAUGCUCAAACGUCGUGGAAAGGGUCCUCCUAAGAAGGGUCAAGGCAAGCAGGCUAAAAAGCGCAACAAAUAGAGAUCAUAUAUACUUUUAGGCUCUUUUCCUGUUUUACAAAUCCUACUACUCUGAGCGAGACUCCAUCCAUAUCCCUACUAGUAGUUUUUCUUUCAUUCAAUCGUCACUUACCGGCUUGCAAAUCGGUUACUCUUUGCAAUUUGAUCGCGUUCUUGUUUUUCA